AUGGCUUUAGCUCGUUUGGCUUUGAAAGAUUUGCAAAAGCGGGUGGUUUCUCCACUCUAUUCUUUUUCAUCUCAACAUGCUACUUUCUGUCUUUCCCAUAAACAGAGUUGGAGUUCUAAAUUUUUGAGGGCGUUGUCGACCGCGUCCGAAGAAAAGUCCCAACCCCGGGAAGUCUCUGUGGCUGAAGGUGGCAAAAAACCCAAGCUAUCUCCAAGAAGAAGAACCAGAAGGGCUCUUUGGAGAAACAACCGUGACUUUGUUCCUGCUCUUUGGGAAUUCUUUCCCUCAGGACUCGGAAAUGCAAUUAUACAAGCAACAGAGAAUAUCAAUAGGGUAUUGGAAAAUCUGCCACCGGUGAUGAGGAUUAAAGAGCAAGACGAAUGCUACAAAGUGAGGGUUGAGGUGCCGGGACUAAGCAAAGAAGAUUUGAAGAUUACAGUUGAGGAUGGGAUGUUGACAAUCAAAGGAGAGCACAAGGAAGAGGAGGAGCAUGGAUCUGAAUCUGAUGAUGAGUCUUGGUCAUCAAGAAAUUAUGGUUACUUUGAUAGCAGUGUGAUUCUGCCUGAGUAUGCGAAGGUUGACGGGAUAACUGCAGAAAUGAAACAUGGCGUGCUUAAUAUUACUAUUCCAAAAACUACUGAGAGGCCAAAGAAGGACGUGAAGGAGAUUCAAGUGAAUUGA